CUCGCGAGAGGUGAGGUUGAAGCUGCCUCCGCCAUCUUAGAGAUGGGAGACGGGCGAUGGCUGUGGUUCUUCUGCUAAUGCAAACAACAAAACUGGCACAUUAGUCAACCCGAGUGAGGUUAUCAUCACUGUAUCUGGUGACCAAAGCUACAGAAGAAGCGAAGGUGUCAAAGCCCAGUGCGGCGACACUGACAGCUUCUCCUGCCUGCUGGAGCGGCAGAAGUGAAGUAACUGAAAACCGGAAGAAUGGUGCAGUCCUGUUCCGCCUACGGCUGCAAGAACCGAUACGAUAAGGAUAAGCCCGUUUCUUUCCACAAGUUUCCUCUUACAAGGCCCAGUCUUUGUAAAAAAUGGGAGGCAGCUGUCAGAAGAAAAAACUUUAAACCCACCAAGUAUAGCAGUAUUUGUUCAGAACACUUCACUCCAGACUGCUUUAAGAGGGAGUGCAACAACAAGUUGCUGAAAGAGAAUGCGGUGCCCACGAUAUUUCUCUGUACUGAGCCACAUGACAAGAAGGAAGACCUUCUGGAGCCACAAGAACAGCUUCCCCCACCUCCUUUAACACCUCCCAUUUCCCAGGUUGAUGCUGCUAUUGGAUUACUAAUGCCUCCCCUUCAGACCCCUGAUAAUCUCUCAGUUUUCUGUGACCACAACUAUACUGUGGAGGAUACAAUGCACCAGAGAAAAAGGAUUCAUCAGCUAGAACAACAAGUUGAAAAACUCCGAAAGAAGCUUAAGACCGCACAGCAACGAUGCAGAAGACAAGAACGACAACUUGAAAAAUUAAAGGAGGUUGUUCACUUCCAGAAGGAGAAGGACGACAUAUCAGAGAGAGGUUAUGUGAUUCUACCGAAUGACUACUUUGAGAUAGUUGAAGUGCCAGCAUAGAAAAAUGAUAUUUGUAUUGGUUUUUAAUGGGGCAAAACCACACACCUUCUUCUAUCCUAUAAAGGAGUUUCAUUUGAAAAAAUAACACUUGAUUACUUGUAUAAAAACAAUUCAGAAUAUUUUUUUAAAAAAAUAAAUUAGAUAUAUACUGUAAAAUUGUAAAUUUUUUGUUUGUAAUUUCAGGGUUUUUACAUUUUAACAAAAUAUCUUAAAAGUUAUAAUCUAACCUCAGAACUCCAAUGUAAGUUGGUUUCAAAUAGAGGAGUUUUGUUUUUUGAGUAUUUAUAGAAAUGUAAAAACUAAAAGUAAAGUGAAUGAGAACAGCACAGCAAGGAUGAUUUAAGUUUGAAAUGUAAAAUUAAUGCAGUUUAUUAAAAUAAUUUAGUUACAUUAUAAAUUAGAAGUAUAAGUCAGAUCAUGGAACAUAACUUCUCAGAAUAUAUAUAUUCUUGUUCACAUAUUCUUAUUUGUAAAGUCAGAUUUAUCUUUCUUAAUCACUUGUCAGAGAUAAUUGACAAGUCAGUACUUUAAAAAAUUGGUUGUCUUCAAAGCGUAAAAUGAAGAGUCUAUACCUAAUCAAUAUAGUUACAUAACUUUACAAAGUACACAUUUUUUAAAAAGUGGGUCCAUCGUUUUUUCCCACUGUCUAGCAUUAUUAAAUUAGAAGUGUAUUUCCAGUGGAAGAGACAUUCUUCAUUAAAUAAAGUAAGCAUUGUUAUUAAUAAAGUAAUAAAAAUGGGGGCCUGA